AUGCCCGGUAGCGACAAGAAGGCUUUGAUCCUAUGUCUCUUCCAGAGUUUUGCUGGUCUCCUCUUCGGUUGGAGUAACUCUGAGGGUUCUGGUCUGUUCUCCAUGUCCCAGUACCAGUCUCGAUUCGGCACAUGUGACGCCUCUGGCAUUUGCUCCCUCAGCACCACCCGUCAAUCUGCCAUCACUGGUCUCCUCUCGGUUGGCGCCACCAUUGGUGCCGUUGGCUCUGGUUCCAUCGCUGACAGGUUCGGUCUUCGUACCACAUGUCUUGCCUUCAUCUUCGUCUACCUGAUCGGUGCUGCUAUUGAGACUUCUGCCAUGAACGAGUAUGGUCAGAUCCUCGUGGCCCGUCUUCUCACCGGUCUCGGUGUUGGUGCCACCUCUGGUCUCGUUCCCGUCUUCCAGGCUGAGGCUUCUCCUCCCCGAUGGAGAGGUCUCGUCACCGGUUCUUUCCAGCUUUGUGUCACUCUUGGUAUCUGGGGUGUCGCCAUGGCGAACUGGGGAAUGAGCAGUCACGCUGGUGACAUCUCUUGGAGAAUUCCCGUUGCUCUCCAGAUGGUGUGGGCUACUCUCUUGUUCAUCGGUUUCGUCCUUUCUCCCGAGUCUCCCCGAUUCCUCGCCAAGAAGGGCAAGUGGGACCACUGCAGGAAGAACCUCGCCAACCUUCGUGGUCUUGCCAUCGACGACCCUGAGAUCGAUGCUGAAAUGAAGGAAGUUGAAGCUGCUACUAUCAAGGACCAGGAGCAGGGUGAUGCCCACUACGCUGAAUGCUUCUCCCCCAAGGACCGUAUUCUCUGGCGUACCAUGAUCGGUCUCCUUAUCCAGGCCGGUCAGCAAUUGACUGGUAUCAACUUCUUCUUCUCUUACGGUGUCCAAUUCGCCCAGACUGCCGGAAUCGACAACACCUACGUCUUCCAAAUCAUUCUCGCUUCCGUCAACGUCGUCUUCUCCUUCCCCGGUGUCGUUGCCGUUGACAAGGCUGGUCGACGACCCGUCCUUCUUUACGGUGCUGCCAUCAUGUUUAUCGGUCAGAUCGUUGUUGGAUCCGUCUCCAAGGCCUACCCCGAUGACAAGAUUGCCGGUGACAUCCUCAUCGCCUUCACCUGUAUGUUUGUCGCCUCGUUCGCCGCCUCAUGGGGUCCCGUCGCUUGGGUCGUCUGUGGUGAAGCUUUCCCUAUCCGAUUGAGUUCUCUGUGUGUUACUCUUUGCACCGCUUCCAACUGGCUCUUCAACCUCAUCAUCGCUUUCGCCGCUCCCCAGAUCCAGGCCAUCAUCGGUACCGGUAUCACCUUCAUCUGGGCCGGUUGCCUCGCCCUCUUCUUCGUCUUUGUCUUCUUCUGUGUCCCCGAGACCCGAGGUUUUUCCAUCGCCGAAGUCGACGCCCUCUACCUCUCCCGAACUCCCGCCUGGAGGUCUGGCAAGUUUACCGAGGACCAGGCUCAGACCGCCAAGAGGGCCAGCGAGAAGCACUACUCUCGAUCCGUCCACAACGAGAACGCCGCUGUCAAGGCUUCUGCCGCGACCUCUGCUGCCAACUCGGACGACGGCAACAUGGUGUAA